CAACCUAUGGAAUACCUGUGGUCGUCGCAGCCAAUGGACGCUGACCUUAUAAAAUUGUCAUGUUGUCAUCUAUUGGUUGUUAACAGGUGCGAUAACAUUGAGGGCUAAAGAUGUCUGACUGUGACGGGAGGGAGUGAGAUACGUUGUGGUUUGGGGUUUUUUUUAUCUCUCAAGUCUAUGUACAGAAUCUGGUGACAUAACAAUGGAAAGGACCACAAGAAAAAUGUUUAUUACUCUGACUUUUGUCUUUGGUCUGUUCGGCGUGGCUUUGAUGAUUGCGGCGUUUGCAACCGAUCAUUGGAUUAAAUCGGCUCCAGAAAGACAGGAAUCUAAUCAAAUGAACGAGACCAGUGGGGGGAGUCCAACAAAGAAUAAGGGCAAUAUUAAUUUUGGAUUAUUCAGAGGCCACAGAGUUCUUGAUUAUGGAUCUGGAGGAAGACUCAAAAUAAUAAAAGUGGAAUGUAGUCUGUCUUUUGGUGUUUGCAUGUGGACCGACUUAACCGACAGUACCAAGAAAACAGCUCAACUUGAGAAACUUGUAGCAGACUAUAAUAAUCAAACAGUGAAGGAGUUGAUUGAUUUUGGUUUAUUUUCGUUUGGAUUGUGGGUCUCCACAAUUGUGACGCUGGCCCUGGGUGUCGUCUGGGGCCUGGUGUCCAUCAUGUUUGCCAUAUUCAACAUCUUCGGCAAACCCAUUGAGACCAUUACUGGACCCGCUGGCCUGUAUCUGUGGAACGGACUAGCAUUGAUAUUCUCCCUCCUCGCUUGUCUCCUCUAUGUCGGACUGUUUGUCAGCGGAAUUCAGAAAAACAUUCUACCAAAAGAAGAUGUUGACAUCGGAUGGACGUCUGAGGGCCGUACAUAUCUAGACUAUUCAUUUUACCUGGUGGUGGGAGCUGCAGGCAGCUUCCUCUUCAGUGUCAUUGUCUUAAUGUUUUCAGGACUGCAGUUGUCCUGUAGUUACUCUAGUGCCAGUGAGAAGGAGGUUGAUGGAAUGAUCUUGUACUAGGAGUGGGGUUUUUGGACAUAGGGUUGGGACAAAGGAAUGUAGCAUGGGGAUAUAAUACAGGAGUGUGAUUAUGGGGAUGUGAUAACAAAAAAUGUAAGGUUACGGUGUGUGUUAGGCAACUUGGAAUGGAAAAUGUUUGGUUACUUGCAAACUACAGUUUAAAAUAAUUGUUAAUUGAUGACAUAUAUAAAAAGUGUGCAGGCCUUGACCUUAACUAUUUUCAGUGGUAGCCCACCGGUCUGCCAGGUUAUAAAAUCUGGUAGCCCUCAGUAAAAAUUUGUAGCUCCAGAAUUUUAAUAAAUUAAAAAAAAAAAACUUUAUUUUUAUUUAAACAUGUUGUUAGGUGGGGGGAGGGGUGGGGGGGGGGGGGUUACGUGUUUAAGCGUCUUGUUGAUUGUGGAGUAACUGGAUGUGCAAAAAAAUCUAGUAGACCGGCGGACUACUGGGUUUAGACAUCUGGUAGCCCAUGCAACAGAUUGGUAGCCAAAACACCCCAGGUUACUGCUAAGAUCAAGCCCUGUAUUUCUGACUGUGGCAUUAGAAGCCAUUUACUUUGGCGCCAGUGAGAAUGAAGUUUAGGGAAUGCUAUUAUUAUUAGACAAGUGUGUGUAAGAGUGGAAAGUAUAUUAUAGAUGUAUAUAUACUAAUGACAUAUAUAAUUCUAUAUCUGUAAUGUAUUGCUAUGUUGGCCACAAAAGACAAAUAGUGUUGUGAGAUCAGGUUGAAUUAAUUUUUGUUUAAUCUUGUGGAUUUUUCUUGGUAAAUGGAUAUUCAGAGAAAAGUGUAUUUUUCUGUAGAAUGUUGUGUUUAGAAUUACCAGUGUGUUACGAAGUACCAAUUGGGCUAUCCAUGAGUUUAUUCUUCUUUUUAGGCCACCUGAGCAGAAGGCUCAAGUGACCUAUUUCAGUUUGUUUUUGUCAUGCGUCAUAGAUAAACUUUCCACAUUUUUCACUUUUCCAGAGCCACUCGACUAAUUGAAUCAAAUUCGGUUAAAAAGCUUACUUUGGUAUAUGCAGAAACAAAUUUGUGAAUUUGGUCAUUCUCUUUUCAUUCAGUAAUGUUAUAGACUUCAUAUAUGUAAAGGACAUUUGAUGAUGUAUCAAAAGUUGUGAAUUUAAUUACCGGGUAUAAUGUUGGGUCCUCUUUAGGCACCCGGGGAGUGGUGAAAUUUACUGAAUUGUAGAGAAAAAUGCAUUUAAACUGUAGACCAUUUGUAACUAAAUUUGUUAGAAUGCUUCUUUUUCUCAUGGAGAAACCAAUCAUGAAUUUUGUCAUUCUGAACCACCAAGAAAAUGGAUGCCAUGCACUCUGAGUGGUAGGUGGGGUCAGUAAUUUAUUCAGGCGACUGUUUACGCCCUAAGAGUCUCUUCUUUAAAAGAAUUGCUGUCCCAGUGCCAUGGUAAAAUUAGUUUACAACGGUUCUUUUCUGGUGUUUUUCUUAAUGCUUAUUCAAUUUGUCAGAUCUUAACAUAUUUAUUGUUAGAUUUAGAAUCUCCUCUUUACUUUGUUGAUUGUUUCUUUCAUUAUUUAAUAUGUUGAAAAAAAGGAGACCAUUUUUAUGUUACAUCUGUGUAGUAUAUUGUUCACUAUAAGAAUGUAUAUAUACUCUUUAUACUUACUAAGAAGAAAUAUGAUCUUAAGCACAUUUCAAAUGAAAAGCAUUUUUAUUUUAGUCCGUCCCAUCCUUCGAAAAUGUUUUUGUAAAUCAUUUCAGUUUGGUUUGACCUAAGAAGAAAAUUAAGUGUUUAGAACCCCCCAACCCCCCCACUAUUUUUGUGUUCAGUAUAGAAAUCAAUUGGCUCAGAAAUAAAUAGUUUGUAGUAAAUUCCAUGUACAUUGUGUAUUUACUGCUGUAAGUGUAAUUUGAUUUAUAAAAAAUCGCCAGAUCACUGGUGAGUUUUUUCCUCCCCAUUUUCACUAUAGUCUGUCUUAUUUCUGACAUUAGAUAACAGCUAGGCAACAUUUUUUUUUAAGAAUAGUAUAAACGUAUAUUUUUACAUCUUUUUUUUUUAUCAUAAAGUAAUUUAUGUUCACAAAGUUGACCGAUCUAAAAUGCUGAAAAUUAUCUUUAUUAGUAUCGGUAUGGUUUGGUUUUGAAAUAUCGUUUCAGCUUUUAUUUUGAAAUAGGUAUCACACCCCUGCAUAUAUUGUUUCAGUGUUGCAUUCAUGCAAUUAAGAAAAUGUCCACUGUCAAAAAACAUGCUAUUAAAAAAACCACCCUGAAUAGUCCAAGGCAAAAAAGUGCCGUGGAGAACUAAAAACCCCAUGGCAAUCUCCACGGCAUUGCUGAUUGCAUUGCGGAUUGCAUUGCUGAUGAUUGCCGUGGGCAGUUGCAGAUGUUGUUCUUGUUAACUGGAUGUAUGUUAUUUUUUCGUAAUUUUUUUCUUCUUUUCUUCAGUCAAUUGAUUGUUUUGUACUGUCCACUGUUGUAUAUCAUGUUAUGUUGGUGGCUUUUUUUUUAGUGUUGUGUUCACUUCUGACCAGUGGCCUCUACCUUGGAUUGUUUUUUACGGAAUUCAAAGACAAUGUCUUACCACAAGAGGAUGUUGAAGCUCACUUUAGUUCCAGCGACCGCACCAGCCUGGAUUACUCUUUCAUUUGUGCAGCGUUGUCUGUGGUCUGUUAUCUUGUUAAUAUCAUUGCACUUGUUGUACAUGACAGUUUCAAACAGACAUGCACAUGUUGCCAAGAAAACAAGGUGUCAUACAACUUGGAUACAGAACUGGGUUCGACGGGAAUACUCUAUUAAAGGAAUGCUAAAUUAAGGUUUCUAGACUGCCAUGGACUUUCAUCAAUAUAUAUUUAACAUGAUUUUGCUAUAAUAAUAAUAAAUAAUAAAAUUGCAUAUUUAAUUAAAUAAAGGUUAAAAUACUAAUAAUUUUGCUAUUUAGUAGAUACAGCCAUUAUUUUAGUCUUUUUAACUAUGAAUGCCACCUAGUGUUAAAUUAGUUGUGUGAUGUCAGACCUGGUCACAGCCAGUCGAAGAUUAUGAUCAAUAUGGUUUGGUACAAGAUGUUUGGGAUUGGAUAAUUUUACAGUACAGUGCAGGCCAAUAGUAAUUGAUGUGGGGGUGGAUCUGUUAAAGAGACAGAGAGAGACAGACAAAGAGAGACAGAGAGUUAGUGUUAUCUCUGACAUUAGAUAACAGGUAGAGAGAGAGAUUAUUCAAAACAUAGCUAUUUUGUUAAUUAUUUAUCACACUCUUGACACUAACACCCCACCUCAUGAUGUGAAGUGCUAAAUGAUAGAGUAUUACUUUUUGUUAAUGUAGUUUACACAUAAUAUUUUUUGUAUUAAAUACAUGUAUGUAGUAAUCAAUACAUCCUCAGUUAGCUGUAUGCCACCUGGCAUCAUGUUUGUGUUCAGAUGCAUUUAGAGUUGUCAACACAUUACUACAGUUUUGUAAUGCUUGUCAUAUUUUACAUCCAUGUGUUUUGAAAAAAAAAAAAGCUUUUAGAAUCCAUUGUUAAACAUAUUUCAACUUCUUUGCACUAAAAACAUGCAUGAUUAUGAAGGGCUGGAGUUAUGAAGGGCUGGAGUUAUGCAGGGCUGGAGUUUUGAAGGGCUGGAGUUAUGAAGGGCUGGAGUUUUGAUAUUUGAAAGCUCUGAGCUAGAAGACAUUUCUGAGGCCACAUAGGAAUAAAACUGAUUUUUCGUUCUUACUAAAUGAAAACUAUAAGUGUGAAACUAAAACUCUGUAUGCACCUUAAAUACAAAAGUAAUUAACAUGUUAAUAGCUUCUCUUUUUUUUUAAGCUCUGUCUUAUUAAUAGGCUCUAAAUUGUAGUUACAUAUAAGCAAAGUGCCAUACUGGCGACAUUUGUAUGUUAAAGGUCACUAGUGUAAACAUGCAGUGCAGUGAAAUUCCUCAAAACCAGACCCUCUGUAAAACUGGAAUUUCCUCAAAAUCGAAUGAUUUUCACAGUCCCUAUUUAGCUGUAUUACAACGUACAUCCACAGAGAUUUUCUCCUGCUGAUUUGUUCGGCUUCCGCCCGUCAACAUUCUCUUUGAAGUCUAUCUGCUCCUACAUUUUUGAAUUUUUAUUAAAGGUUUUUUAUAUUUAAAUUUAAAAUGUUAAAGUCUAUCUUCUCAUAGAGUUUUAAUCGGAUAGUUCUAAAACUUGAUGUUAUUAUUCUCUGGGAAUUAAAUUAAAAAUAUUUAAAUAGAAAUUUAGCAUUGAAAAUUUAGAGGUCUAUCUUCUACAGUUUCAAUUGGAUAGUUCUGAAACUUAGUAUAAAUAUUCCCAGGGCCAGUUUUCACAAACUAAUAGAGAGAUAUUGUUGAAAUUAGGUAUUUUGUUAAUUUUUAUUAAAUUUAAUCAUUUUAAAUAGAAAUUUAAGAUUAAAAAUUUAAAGGUUAUCUUCUCCUAGAAUGCUGAUUGAAUAGUUCUAAAAUUUAGUACUAUGAUUCUUUGGAGCAGUCUUCACAGACUAAUAGAGAGAUAUUUUGGAAAUUUUGAAUUUGUGAAUUUAUAUUAAUACAACAUGUAUAGGCCUCUUGUUAAAUAUGAUUACAGAAAAUACACCUCUCUAAAGUAGAAACUAAAACAAUUUAAAAAAAAAAAAAAAAAAGAGUUUAUUAACCCCAGAAACAAAAAUGGUAGUGUCAGGGUUAGGGGCCUUACAUUCAUGCUAUACGCUAAUAUAAACAUAAUAUGAAUACAUAGGGUACAUUUCAAUAGUAUAACUAAACAUGGAUACAUAAAAUAUUUUUAUGUAAUAUAUGGGGUUAGCAGUGAAGAAAAGGAUUUAAGGGGGGAAAGGAUGAAGCAAGGAAAGAAUGAAUGAAUGAAUGUUAAGAUGAACUUAAAACUAGACUUGGUCCUGUAGGUCUGACGCCAUAUAACCGUAAAUAAAAUGUGUUGAAUGCGUUGUUAAAUAAAACAUUUCCUUGGUCCUGUAGGUAUUUGGUUUUUAAAGAGGUAUUUCACUGUAUGUGCUUGGUGUAGAUUAGUAAAUAGAAUAGAGAAUGAAUAUUGAUGAAUGAAUUUAUUAAUUUACAUACAUACUGGUGCUUUUCUUAACAUUUGUGUAGCUUCCUGGAAACUGAAUCAAAGAAUUAAAAAUAGUGGUGCGAGAUUAGGAAUAUUUUGCACUUUGAUUCCUAUACAUUUAUCUUUGUAUACAUGUAUUCAUUAUUGUUUGUCUUUUAUGCAACAUUGUGCUACAAGUUUUAUUUUAGGUAUGCCAAAAAUUGCAAGUAAUUGUUGAUCCAAAGAAAUCAGCUCUAUGUUUAAUACUUAGGCUCAGUAUGCUUUUGAUUUACCCACAGACUGUUCAAAAUGAAACUGUAAUAGAAAAAUAAAAUAUGUGAAUUUCUAUUGUAUAUUGAUUUGACACAGUUUAUGUAAACAAAUAUAUCACCCACUUGAUAAUCAUUAUCCCUGUAUAAAUUAUGUUAAUUAUUUUUCUGUGAUUCCAUGAGUGUUCUUAGUCAUGUUUGUGUUGUAUUUACCUUUGUUUUAUUGGAGUAUUAUUGUGAUUACAGGUUUUAUUCAGCGUCUCGUUUUGAUUAUAUUACAAUUAUUUUUCUUGUUUGGUGCAGGUAUACUGCUUGGGCCUUAAUGUUUGUGUGUGGAUUUUUUUGUUAACCUGUACAAACCACGGUUUCAACAUUUUGAUAUCAUGUUAAGUAAACAUUCCUUUUUCUCCAGUCAUUCCAUUCCAUUUUGUUUUAUUAUUUAUUUUUGGAGCCAUUUACAAUUCUUUAGACCUAUAUGCUACUACUUAAUCUAGUGUCAAAUUAAAAAAAAUAAUAUGACACAUAGACAUAGUAAGAUUUUAUAAUGAGGCACACACAUUGGCAGGACGGGGGUAUCCACAUUGUCUAUGAGUCAUGUUAUGGGGCAGCAGGCAAAUAUAAAAGUGGGGGACCUUAGCCCCCUCUGCCCCCCUUUCCAAUUUGGUGGACCAGUCAAAAAUGUACAAAAUUUUCUUCAUUCAAAUUUUCCUACUUUUUCCCUUUGGCAUUAAUCCUAGGGAACAUUCCAAAUUCUAUAGCACCAAAAGCAACCCCCUGCCUGUUACAGACUCUGGUCGAGCUACUGGUUCCCCUUCCACCUGCCAGUGCAGAUGGUCCCUUCUCUCACCCACCCCAACCCUUUCCUAUCCUGGAUGGAGGAGCCGGCCUAAGUCAACGCCUGCACAGGUGUGCACUACAACAGCUUGCUCUGAAUGUGCACGUUAAGCCCUGUGACCUGACCUGACCUGACCUCAGCCCCUCUAGCUAUGCCAUCGAUAGGAAUGGUUUUCAACUUGAUGAUUGUCACUGAAUGAACACUAAAUUAUAAUGCGUCAUUAACACUUAAAGCUCAUCCUCCCCUGAAAGGUUUGAACAAUAUUCCUUGUUCACCUUGCCAACAUCAUUUCUCAUACCACCUAGUCCCAGCCCAGUUCAUUUCAUUCUAUUGGACAUUCUAGCAUAAGAGUUUUAUUAAAUUUUGAACAUAAUUUGUAAAAAAAAAACAAUUAAAAAAAAUCAAGUACAUGUACAUAUACAUGUAUAUAUAUUUUUUUUUAUUUUUUUACUAAUAGGCAAUUAUUUAAAUUGAAUUAUUUGAAUUAUUUUAUUUUACAAAAUUGAGGUCUUCUGUUAAUAAAACUAAUGAUGUAAAAUAAAAUAUAUGUUGUUUACAUAAUGUACUGGUAAAAUUAAUUGAAUAAUAAUUACAAAUUUUCAAUUCAGGUGUGCUGGAAACCCUCACUUACAUUGAGGCCUACAUGUAUUAUGCAGUAUGAAUUUGUUACCCAAAUGUCUGAUAGCUUUAAUGAGUUGAUUUGAUUUGUUAAUGGAUGAUUAAACAUGUUAUUUAUUUGAUGAAUGUUGAUUUUUAAAUUCCACUUAUGAUUUACUGCCAUAUAUUUCUUAUUUCUUAAUUGUUUUCUAUAUAUACAAUAUUAUAUCCAGAAGAUCCUAGUCAUUAUCUUCUUCUUGUUGUUUUUUUACAUACUUAGGACGUAUAUUUAUUUAUAUGAAAAUUAGGCCUAAAAUAAUUGUUUCUAAUGUGCCGAAAAAAUAGGUUGGGUAGGUCUGCUUUAAAAAAAGAGAAAAUUUACUACCUUUUCACAUACAUAAUAAUUUUAAAAAUUGAAGAACAAAAAUAUAUUGAAAAACAAAUUGGGGUCGGAAAGAAACAAUUUUUUUAUGCCUUAAUGUUGCUUCACAUGAAAAAUACUGGAGUUACAAAGAACAUUAAUUUUUUUAAAGAACUCUUAGAUUGUAUUGUAUAAAUUCAUAAAUUAAUGUACUGGUAUGAAUUUGAUGUUUUUAUCUUGAAUUUCUUUCCUGUAUUUCUAAACCUUAAUUAUUUGUGUUUUUAAUGCCCAUCUGAUUAUUAAACAAGAUGCCUAAUUAUCAGAAAUGAUUCAUUCAUUUGUUAAGCAGAGCUGUAUUUUUCUAUCACUAUUAUAUCCAGUGAGAAAAAGUCACUUUGUUUUAUUACAUUUUCUUACAUAUUUUACUUAAUGUUAAAAAUAAAUAGAUAUCCAAAUGGCAAGUGAUAAGCUAUUUGAGAAAAAAAUGUGUGAAUUGUAAAAAUCUUAAACUUGAUUUUGGAAUCAUUUAUGCAUGCACUAAAUUUUUCCUUUAUGCUCAACCAUUGAAAUGACUACCUUCAUCUGGACAAGAUUUGAACAUUCUUAACAUAGUAACAUUUGUGAAUUUUAACUGGCCAAUGUGUUAACUUUUAAACUUAUCGUAAUACAUGUAUAUAUUGUUAGGCCUUUUGAGAUAUAUUUAUUUACAAAUUAUAUUUCCAUUUAUAAUAUUAAUAGUUUUGAAAAUUUACAAAUUUUAAAACUAGUUUUAAUUAUGGCUUUGUCCAAUGAUUGCAAAAGAACCAUCACUAGAAAUAAUACUUAAAUAAAGGGUGUGCUGUGAAGUUUUAAAAUUGAUUUGGCAGAUUCAAGUGUAUUUGCUUCCAUUGUUGAAAUAGAUACCAGCAAGAUGGCAGCAGCCAGUACCAUGUACAUGUUUUGUAGCUGUAAAAGAAAAUAUAAAGGUUUGUGUUUAGAAUCCGAACAUCACCUGGAAAAUGAAGAAUAUAAAAUUAUUAUUGCAGGCGCGGAUCCAGAAUUUUUUGUAGGGGGGUUCAUAUGCAAAAUAUGCAAUUAAAUGAAAAAUAUUUAAGAGUGCCUAUUUAUUAAUUUAUUAAUUAAAAUACAAAUGUAAGUGAAAAAAAAGUUUUCCUGAGCAGGGGAUUCAGACCCACACACACACACCCCUCCCACCCCCCCACCCCGAUCCAUGCCUGUAUUGGUCCUACAUGGAAACACUGUCUGGCACAGGCCAUCUUGGGCAGAUCUCACUGGGAAAACUCUGCAGAUGCCCAAGACAGGUGUGCUUGAACAUCUUUUUAAAACGGCCAACAAACCCUUAGUACGUUAAUCAUACUGCAUUUUUGCAGGGAGCUUUUAUGUUAGGUUUUCAGUUUUCAAAUAUCAAAUUCCACUGAUUUCUUUUUUUUUUCUCAGCCUGUGAUCCUCUUAUUUCGGCACAGCUGAAUAUAUAUUGUUGUUAAUACUGUGAAUCGCUUUUCUUUUUAAAAUAAAGGCACCAACUCCCAGUAAACAUAUACUUAUUAUGAUACAUAUCAGCAGUGAGUUUUACAUAUCGUGUUUUCAGAGGUCAUAGUUAAAAACUAUUAAUGCUUAUUGAGGUAUGCACAUUAUGUUCCACCUGUGAUUUAUUAAUAGUGUCUGGAGGAUGGUUUGGCUGUGUGGAAAAGCCCAUGUCUUGUUACCAUGCAGUCUACACGGGUUUAGAAAAGUUAUUCAGAUACCUCAUUUUGAGGACCUGGGCCCAUGCUUAUAAAACUUUUUAAGUCCAGACUCAAUCUCAAAUGAUGUCACACGCAUGCAAUUUGUAUGGCGUAGCCAUGACGAUACUGUCUCAGAGUCUCGAGUCUAGACUCUAAAAGUUUUAUAAGCACUAGGCCUGGAAAGUCAUGGAAAAUUAGUAUGUUAACUUUAGUAUUGCUGUUUUCCAAAAGAUUAGGUAUUACUGCAAUUAUAGUAUCUUCUGAGCAUUCCAAGUAAUGUUGUUGAUUUCUUUAGUAUUAUCUUUCUUUGACUAUACAUGAAUGUACAUAUCAGAUACUGUACAUAGCAAAAUGUGUGCCUACUGGUAUACAUGGCUGUAAGUAACAAUACUUACAGUACCACCCAACCAGUGUGCCUGUUGAUAUACAUGAACAGGGUUUAUGCUGUACUUUAUAAAAUAGUAGCAAUUAUACAAAUCUGGUCAGAAAAUAUUUAGCAAAACUAUGUUUUAAAAAAAAACUUGAGUCAAAAUGUUAGUAGAUUUACAUGACACAAAAUUUACGAAUUAGCUUUUUGACAAUUUAAUAAUGAAAUAUUUGUUCCAAGUUCAUCUUCAAUUCAUGUUUGUAGAUUUGCCAAAGGACAGCAUAAACCAUGUACAGGUGUACGUACAUAUCAGAAAGUAUACUGUCCACCCUUUGUGCCUACUGGAUGGCAGUUGGUUGUGCUUGUUGAAUUUAUGUGUCACACAUGUCUCUAUCUUGUUGACCUUUAUUAUCUAAUGCAAAACAAUAAAGUCAUUUAAAUAGAA